CUAACCUAAGAUCCCUAAAAACAUCUUAACCUAACCUUAAAAUUUUCUUACUUCAAAUGUUACCAUCUUGAAAAUUAUUAAUAAAAGAAAGAGGAAUUAGUAAUAAUUAACAAAUCUCACACGUUAUACGAGUGUAUUUUCUGUUCUUUGAAUAAUACAACUUAUGACUUAUUUUUCUACCAUGUAUCGCAAUGAAGAAUUGUAUAAAUCAAAAAAUAUUCUUGCACCUAUGGUACGAGUAGGAACUCUUCCAAUGAGGAUUUUAUCUCUAAAAUAUGGAGCAGACCUUGUGUAUACUGAGGAAUUGAUCGACUGGAAAUUUUUAAAAUCAAUUCGAGUGGAAAACAAAACACUUCAAACAGUUGAUUACAUCGAUCCGACAGAUGGUACUAUUAUUUUUCGGACAAGUGGUAUAGAAAAGGAAAAAGUUAUUGUACAGCUAGGAACCUGUGACCCAAACCGUGCUCUUAAAGUUGCCAAGAUGAUUGAGAAAGACGUUGCAGGAAUUGAUAUAAAUAUGGGAUGCCCAAAAGAAUUUUCAUUGAAAGGUGGAAUGGGGGCUGCUCUUCUUACUCAACCUGAAAAAGCUAAAAAUAUUUUGAAAACAUUGGUUGAUAAUAUUUCCAUUCCUAUAACUUGCAAAAUAAGGGUUUUCCAAUGUAUUGAAGAAACAAUAAACUUAGUUAAUGAAUUAGUCUCUUCAGGUAUUUCUGCCAUAGCCAUUCAUGGUAGAACAAAGGUGGAAAGACCUCAACAUUCCAAUAGAAAUGAAGUUAUUAAAUUCAUUUCAAAUAAAAUAAACAUUCCUGUGAUAGCUAAUGGAGGUUCGAGAGAAAUAGAAACAUAUGAUGACAUAUUGAAAUUUAGAGAAUUGUGUGGUGCAUCUAGUGUAAUGAUAGCAAGAGCAGCUGAAGCAAAUUGUUCUAUAUUUUGCAAAGAGGGAAAGAAACCACUUGAUGAUGUAAUUUCUGACUAUUUAAAAUUGUGUAUAGAAUAUGAUAAUUCCCCUAGUAAUACAAAAUACUGCGUACAAAAUAUGUUGAAAGAACUCCAAGAAACGCCUAGGGGGAAAAAAUUUUUAGAAUGCCAGACUCUAGAACAGAUUUGUGCUAUCUGGAAUCUUGGAGAGUAUUGCAGACAAAAACAAAUUGAAUUUCAAAGUAAGGGCAUGAUUGGCAGAAGAGAAGUAUGUCCUGAUAUGUUUUCACCUGUUAGGAAAAAACUUAGGACAGAUGAUGUAACAGAACAUAAAUGUGCAUUUAUAAGAGUCAACUAUAUGAGUGAUCCUGAAUUACCUAAGUCAAAAUUGAUUGCUCACUGCAAUAAAUUAAAAACUAAACCUCCAAAAUAUGAAACAAUAUGCAAGGACAAGCUCUUUCGUUCAAUAGUAACAUUUGAUGGAAAAAGAUAUUCUUCAAAUUACUGGGAAAAGAAUAAACGUUUCGCUGAACAAGGUGCCGCUUUAGCAUGCAUUUACUCAUUAGGUCUAGUAGAAAAAAAAGAAUUGGUGGAAAAUGGAAGUAUUCUUGAAUGAAGUCCCUGGAUUGAAGCAAAACUUGUCAUACUUAUUUGAAAAGUGGAAUAGAGAAAACUGAAUAUUAAGAGAAUAACAGAAAUGAACUUCAGAGUGAUUAUACAAAGAAAAUAAUAUAUAAUUUUGAAUAUCUGCAUUUAUUGAUCAUUUUUACCUACUAACCUGUUCCAACAUUUCACUUCACUUGAUUUUACAGAUAAAAACUUGUGAAGAAGUUUAUUCAUUAUUACAUUUCAUCAUUUGCAGGUUCAAAUUUCAUUUUCUGUUCAUCACAACAAUUAAUAGUAUUAUCAUGGAAACUACUUAUCAAAAUCUAUCAUAUCACUGAGAUCUGUCAAAAUAACCAUGUUUCAAAAUUUCAAGUAAACUUCCACAAUCAAGUUUGGCUACAAUAUAAAAAUCAAACAUGUCGGGUAAAGGAGCUCUUGGUGAUACACCUUUAGAUUACGGUGAAGGCAGGUAUGAUGAAACUGCAAGAGUGGAAAACACCCCCAGUAUCAAGAUAAGGGUGAUAGCUUCCUACAUCAUUUUAACCCUAUUAUCAGCUUAUGUGAUAUACGACUACAGGAUCAGACCAGAUUGUGUUUGCCGACCAAGACCAUAUGUUUUUGCAAUAUCUGCAUUUUGUAUAACGGGUCUGUAUGGAAUAAUGGGAAUUGUGAAUAGAAUCUUACCCGAACAGAGAUUUUUGUAUGAAAUGUUGGACGGUAUGGAGAUUGUAGUAUUUUCCGUCGUGAUCCCGUAUAUAGCUGCAGAAAUGUGGAAGCUGAACAAAUUCUUCCCCCAAUGUAAAUUUAUUCCACACGUGAUUGCAAGCACCGGUUAUCCAGCAGUCGACUACUACUAUUUUUUCCAUCAACCACUGAACCUCUACACAGAAGGAAUUUUGAUCCUGGAAACAUUGACUCUGUUCGUUUUUAUGACGAUGAUGACCAACGUUAUGUACUAUGUUGCGACAGCGUUGACCAUGUAUGCUGCUUUCUUCACGAAAUUGAGGUUUGAUAUGUUGCCGAUACCAGAAUGUUUUAUGACGAAAACAGAAACUAUCAACUAUAUUCUUUCAUCUUGCGUACUAUGCGCUUCAAUAUCGAUGAUUUGAGUUGAUGAUUAUAUUGUAGUUGAACUGAAUAGAAGGAAUUUACUCAA